AUGGGCAACGACGCACCUCCGCCGCCAGCAGGCAUCUUCACCCUGCUAGACACCGACCUGUACAAGCUAACGAUGCAAUGUGCGGUCCUCAAAUACUUCCCAGAUGUUUCGGUAACCUACGCCUACACCAAUCGGACCCCGCACAUGAAGCUGCGCCGCGGGGCGUACAAAUGGCUCCUGGAGCAGAUGGACAAAUUAGCAAAUGUCCGCGUCACAGCCGAAGAACGCCAAUUCCUCCGCGAAAAGUGCCCCUACCUAACCGACGCGUACAUCACCUUCCUCGAAACAUUCCAUCUCAAACCCGCCGAGCAAGUCGAGAUCAAGUUCACGCCGACAAUAGAUUCUGGCAGCGACGAUGACGAGGGCAAUGUCGAGUACGUCGUUAAAGGGUUGUGGCUGGACACGAUCCUGUACGAAAUCCCGUUACUGGCACUCACCAGCCAGGCCUAUUUCAUGUUUAGUGAUCGGGACUGGGAUUACGAUGAUCAGGAGGAGAAGGCAUACCGUAAGGGCUGUACGUUGCUUGAGAAUGGAUGUGUCUUCUCUGAGUUUGGAUCGCGCCGUAGACGUGAUUAUCAUACUCAGGACCUUGUUAUGAGGGGUCUUACUCGUGCCGCGGAGGAGGGCAAGAAGAGUGGCUGGGAGGGUGUCCUGUCUGGCACUAGCAAUGUCCAUUUCGCUAUGAAGUAUGGUGUUCCUGCUGUUGGGACUGUCGCGCAUGAAUGGUAUAUGACCAUUGCGGCUAUUACGGAUGAUUAUGAGAAUGCCAAUGAGUUGGCUUUGAAGUAUUGGCUUGGAUGUUUCGGGGAGGGGGUCCUUGGUAUCGCGCUCACCGAUACAUUCGGAACUCCUGCUUUCUUGGAUGCUUUCAGGAAGCCAAUCUCGGUACCGGAUCAGGAGGCUAAUCCAUCUGCUAAGACUUAUGCUCAGGUUUACACUGGUAUCCGUCAAGACUCUGGUGACCCGACGUACUUUGUCAAGAUGGCUCGGGAUUUCUAUAAUGCUCAGAAUAUCACCGAUACAAAGGUCGUUGUUUUCUCGGAUUCUUUGGAUAUCGAGCAUUGCCUUGAGUACAAGACCAUCGCUGAAAAGGCAGGCUUCAAGCCUACAUUCGGCGUUGGAACAUUCUUCACCAAUGACUACAUCAGUAAAUCAACCGGUGAAAAGUCCAAGCCUCUCAAUAUUGUCAUCAAGAUCGCAACUGCGAAUGGCAGCCCGGCCGUCAAGCUCAGUGACAAUAUGGGCAAGAACACUGGCGACCAGGACAAGGUCCGGGAAGUCAAGAGAAAGCUGGGCUAUGUCGAGCAAUCGUGGGAAGAAGGCGAUGAAAGCAAUCGCUGGAAGAAGCAGCAAUAA